CUAGUGUCGUCUGCUUCUGUGUCGCGAUAAGCGCGAGUGUUCUAUUCUAGCUCUGUGUACCGCCGUGUAGCUUAUCUCUCUUCUGCCAUCGGCCACUGCAGUUCACCAGCUGAUCGUGCGUGUGUAGGAUGCCGCCCGUCGCCAGCGGUCACAGGGACAGUGCCAGUGAACGUGACAGACGUGCUGAGACCCUGUACUUGUGAGAACUCCAGAGACCCGUGGUGGAAGUGGAACCGACCAUGUACAACCACAACCACCACCAGUACAGCCACAACCACGAGUAUAGCCACAACCACAACCAUGAGUACAACCAGCCCGAGGAGGCCUUUACGCCGCCACUCCCCCGUCGCAACACCCAGAGGUCAGUGAUAACGAGUGUGGAUGUGAUAAGAGUCGGGAUGGAGAUACGCAUCGUAAAUUACUCUCUGGAAGUGAAUCAAUCAUACUGACUAGUCUGGCAACUAAUCAAUUCAUUGACAAUCGAAUGAUACAAAGAAGAUUUCUUAAUUGUAAAACCGAUAUAUUUA